CCUGCUCGGCCCGGAGGAAGAGAGGAGCCUUAGAGAGGGAGAAGAGGGCUCGCCUCAUCCGCUCUCAAGCGCAACUUUUCCCCUGCGCUUGCAUUCCCGGCCCCGGCUCCAUUGUGCGGGCGUCGGGAGCCUACGGUGAAUGCUGACGGAGGAGGCUGCGGGGGCUGCGGCAGCAGCCGGGCAGCCCUAAGCCCAGCCCCUCCUGCGGCCGCUGCCUUCCCCAGCAAGAGGAGGACUCCAUCCAUCCAUCCAUCCCUCCAUCCUUCCCUUCCUCUCUCCCUCCAUCCUUCCCUCCCGCUCCGGACCGGUGCUCGGUGGUAUCCUGGGUCGCCCGGCGGUCUCGUGCCAUCGACCGGUUCGCGCCCUCGCGGAAUGUAUCAGAGCCCGACCCGUUUUUGCUCGGCCCUGCUCCAGAGAGACGUGUCCAGCCUCUGCUGCGUAUCCUCCUCCAGGCUGCGGAGGCAAUCCCCUUCGCCCCCCGCGCCUCCGCGAUCCCAGUCCCCUCGGUCCCUGUCUGAGACCGGUGCUCCUCCUCCCCCUCUCCAUCGUCCUCCUCCUCCUCCACCACCUUACCUGGCGGCGACAGAGCUGGCUUCUGGUCCCGGGAGUACGUCCUCCAGGACAGCGUAUCCCAUGGGAAACGGAACGAGCAGGCUCUAUGGUGCUAUCGCCAAGACCCUGAACGGCUCUGCAGCCACCCAGCACCCAGAGUGUGUGGUGCCGCCUGACUCAGGACAGCUGGAUCCCAUAGACCCCAAAGAGCUGCUUGAGGAAUGCAGGGCUGUCCUGCACACACGGCCUCCCCGGUUCCAGAGGGAUUUUGUGGACUUGAGGACGGACUCAUCAAGUAGCCACCUACCCAUUAGGGUCAUGCAGUGGAACAUCCUUGCUCAAGCUCUUGGGGAAGGCAAAGAUAACUUUGUACAGUGCCCUGUUGAGGCACUCAAGUGGGAAGAAAGAAAAUGUCUCAUCCUAGAAGAGAUCCUGGCCUACCAGCCAGACAUCCUGUGCCUGCAAGAGGUGGACCACUACUUUGACACUUUCCAGCCGCUCCUCAGUAGAUUGGGCUACCAGGGUACCUUCUUUCCAAAGCCAUGGUCACCCUGUCUGGAUGUGGAACACAACAAUGGUCCCGAUGGCUGUGCUUUGUUUUUCCUUCAGAACAGAUUCAAGCUGGUCAACAGCACCAACAUCAGGUUGACUGCCAUGACUCUUAAAACCAACCAGGUGGCCAUAGCACAGACACUGGAGUGCAAGGAGACAGGGAGACUGUUCUGCAUUGCUGUCACCCACCUGAAAGCACGUACUGGCUGGGAGCGAUUUCGGUCUGCACAAGGCUGUGACCUCCUCCAGAACCUGCAGAACAUUACCCAGGGAGCCAAGAUCCCACUUAUUGUCUGUGGGGACUUUAACGCAGAGCCCACAGAGGAAGUCUACAAACACUUUGCCUCCUCUAGCCUAAACCUAAACAGUGCCUAUAAACUGCUGAGUGCAGAUGGACAGUCUGAACCACCAUAUACGACCUGGAAGAUCCGGACAUCUGGGGAGUGCCGGCACACACUGGAUUAUAUCUGGUACUCCAAGCAUGCUUUAAAUGUGCAGUCAGCUCUUGGCUUACUCACUGAGGAACAGAUUGGACCCAACCGGCUACCAUCCUUCAAUUACCCUUCUGACCACCUGUCUCUAGUGUGUGACUUCAGCUUUAAUGAAGACCAGGACCGGCUUUUGUAGCUUGUCUGGAGCUACAUUUCUAUCACAAAAGUCUUAACUAGGAAAAUGGAAAUAAGAGGUUGCUUGAGAGAGGAUUCACUAUCUCUCAGCCUUCUUUUCUGGCAGAGCCUUUGGAGGGUGGGGAACACAAUUUCACAACUUUUUGAUUAAAAUCUCCAUAAAAAAAAAGGUGUGUGCACCCCAGUUUUGGCUUGUGGUGUUUUCUCUCCCCUCAGUAUUGGCUUUUGAUGAAGUAAGGGAACCAUGUCAUUUAUUUGGAACCUUUUUCUUUCUUGAGGACUUGGUGCCAAUGUGGACUUGUUUGAUUGAAUCCUCUGUAACUGAGGUUGGGUGUACAUAUAAAUACUAUUUUUAUUUAUUUAUGGCAUUUAAAAAGACAUUAACGGGAAAGGACUGUGCAUGGCCACAUUAUUUAUUUUUUUUUAACAUUGCAUUGUAAAUGACAUAAGCAAAUGUUUAGAGACUUAGAAUGUGAGAACCAUAGAGGAUGUUAUGAAGCCAGUGAAGGUUUCAUGGCAUUCUCCUUAAGAUAGAUUUAAACAUUUUUGCAUUUAGUUUGUCUGAUAGAACAGUGGUGGUACAACAGGUUUAGAAAACAACAUUUGCCCAAGGGUUGUCUUUGUUUUCAAGUGGAAGAGCCAUAUCACAUGGGGGGGGCCUCUUCCCUUUCUUCCUCUGUAUUCAUAGGAGGCAAUGUCUUUCUGCUGUGUCCUUCCAACUCAUCCCACCCAGGAACUACAUAUAUCCACAUCCUUUCUAUUUAUGUGUAUGUUUCAUGCAAAGCUGUGAGUUGAUCCAAAUAACUUAACCACUACUUUAAGCGUUUUUUACUUAUCUACCAAUUUAUUGGGGUGACCUAGUCCUCUCUCUUAAUUCAUUUGACCUAAUUCUGUUUUAUAAGUAAGUGACACUGGAAUUUUUCAAGAAAAGGGUUUUGUCGGUUUGUUUUGUUUCAGGAGCUGUUCUAGUGUGAUGCCUGAGAAAAUGAGGGGGUCCUUUCUCUGUUUGGAAAUUGGAAGGUCUAUGAGGUUUUAGGCUGUAAAAAGAUGGACAGCCACCUAGGGCCCACACUGAAAUUUGUGGUUUGACUAGAAAGAAGACCUGGACCUCUGCACUGGAGAUAAGAGUUGGUCAAAAUUAACAUGUUGCCCAAAAAAUCCUACCCAAAUAACAAAAAAUGACCAACCACUUGUUAAACUAUGAAUUGUAUAAAUGUUCCAAGUUAUUUAAUAAAAAAAAUUUUUAAAAGCUGAGCU